AUGCCGAGGGCUCGGGCCCCCAGCGACACACACCUUCCCAAGAAGGGAAAGAAAGCAUGCGAUGAGUGCCGCCAGCAAAAGGCAAAAUGCGAUGUCUAUUUGGCUCCGGACCAGCCUUGUCACCGGUGCCGCAAACUCAAGAUCGAAUGCAUCGCAUCUGAUGGCUUCACCAGGCAGCACAAGCGUCAACGCCUCGAGGGCCUGGAACGAGAGAGAGAGCAGUUGCGUCAACAACUGCAAGACUCUCAACUGACGAAUCCGCAUCUAACACCAAUCGCCUUGCUAACAGCUGCAGCAGAGAUGGGAGUACCCAUUGAACCGAAACAAGAUGAGUCCUCGGCGGGUUGGCAAUCUCCAUCGGUGCCUUAUCCGCAGCAACAUAUUGCACAAGUGAAUCCAUUGUCAAGUCCCAAAUUAACAGGACCUGAUGCCACAAUGCCUCGGACCUUAAAGGGCGUCACGGUUACUGGGCAGGAGAUUGAUGAUCUUUAUCAAUUGUUCUUUCAACACUUCGCCUCAUUUCUGCCGAUCCUUGACCCGCAAACCACGCCCAAUGCCUAUUACUUGCAGUCGCCAUUCCUAUUCUGGGCCGUGGUUGGUGUUUGUAGUAGGUCCUAUUCCCAAAAUCCAACACUACAGACCGCGUUGGCCCAAGAUAUCACCGAAAUGGCGUUCAUGUCAGUAUUAUCGACAUGUGCACCGUGGCAUACAAUUCAGGGUAUGUUGCUCUUGUUGACGUGGCCAUUUCCCAAGGAGAAUCGCCCAGAUGUCACUUUCCCGUUGAGUGGGAUGCUACUGCAUGUAGCAAUGCAAAACGGCUUUCAUAUCCCAAUGUCCAGCCAUGAAUUCUCUAGGAUUAGUAUUCCAGCUCCCUCGGAAUUGGAUAUGGUCCGACGCUCAGAGCUCUGGGCGCAUUGUGUUCUUGUAUACCAACGGUCGUGUAUGAUCAAGGGCCAAUAUCCACGGAACCUGGUCAAUGUUGCCCAUGAUCCUACCCAGCGUCAGGUAUUAUUUGACAAAAUCGCCCCAGGCCUUGUCAUGAAAAUUCGAUGCCAGGAGCUCGUGACAAAAUGCAGCGAAGCAGUUUUAGAAAACGGCGUUCGUGCCAUGUCUCUGGACCAAGAGCGUUCUUUGGACAUCUUACUUAGAGCAUGCGAAAGUCAAGUAGAUGAACUUGAAAUGCAAGCAGUAGCUGACGAUGAAAGAUUUCACCUUCUACUGUGUCGGAUGGCAAUCCAGAGUUUCCAUUUCUACAAAAACCAAACAACCGUCUCCAGUAGAUGCCUUCCUCGUCUUAUCGUUACGGCUUGUGAUCUAAUAGACCAAGUGCAAGCCCUAGGAAAGCGAAUAGGGUUCCUUUCCAUGGCGCCCGUUCAGAUCGGGUUCGGUGUACUCCUUGCUUCAAUCUCAUUGCUUCGCAUACUCAAAAGCAGCAUGGCCUGCAGUGUACUAGAUACCCGUCGUGCACAAACCUCCUUCUUUGCAGCUAUCAAUCUGGCUAAGCAAAUGUCAACUGACAGGACUGAUACGGCAGCGAAGACAAUCACUGUCAUGAAUCAGCUAUGGAAUAGCAGCAAAGCAUUCCGCAAGGCCGACGGCUCGGAGUACACAACUCUUCGAAUCCGCAGCCGUUUGAUUCUCAGUCAGAUUCUAGACGCCGUCUGGUGGUGGCGAGAUGAAUUCGAUCCUGGGGCCCGAGCCAAAGUGCGAGGCACUGAACCAUUUGAUGGUUCUUCUGCCCGAAGUCAUACGUUGCCUGUAGACACAUGCCGCCCUGUCACAGCAUCAGAUCCUAAUCGCGAGCCUUUCGGAAGUACGAUCCUGAAUUUGAAUGCCCCACAGGACCAGUUCCAGAUGGACGAAGACUUCUUUGCAAACUUUGAGUGGGCACUAAGCGAUGAUGCUCUAUUAUCUUUGGAUGGCUUUUCGACGGACUGGUCUACCGCCAACCAUCUACCUUGA